GUUCAACGCCAAUUCUCUAUGAAUUCAAAAUCAAAUAACGGUCAUAUGAGUUUUCUUAUUCUAUAUUCUUCACAGAUUCAUUAUCAACAGAUAGAAUAUCUUAUUAACGAUGGAAGGAUUCAAGACACCUGUUAGAAGGAACCGUAGACCUACAGAUGAUUCCAAUUUACAAACCCCGAUUAAAAUUCCAGCUUCUCCAUUUUUACAGCAAUUAGCUCACGGAACUGGUGUACAUAUUCUUAGUUUGGAAAGAUCUCCAAAAGUUGGUUUUGCAAGAUCACCUUGGGCAAUAAAAAAAAGAAAUAGUAAACUUGCAAAGAAUUCAGAAUAUGACAAGCGCUUAUGGUCUGAAGCCGAUUUAUUGAAAAAAUUAAAUCACCCAAACAUCGUGGGUUUCAGAGCAUUUACGUUAUCUUCCAAAGGUGAACCAUGCCUUGCCAUGGAACAACUGGAUAUUUCUUUAGGAGACUUGAUUGAAGAUAGAGUCGACAGAGGAGAUGAUAUUUUUGCAGCUAAAGAUAUUUUAUAUGUUGGUUAUGAGAUGGCAAAGGGUUUAGAGUAUCUACAUCAUACUAUAUAUAUUUUGCAUGGGGAUAUUAAAAGUUAUAAUGUUCUAGUUUCAAAAGAUUUGAAAAAAGUAAAACUUUGUGACUUUGGAGUUUCUGUACCACUUACAAAGACUUUAGAAAUGGAUAAAUCACAAGAAAAUAUUAUGUAUGUUGGAACUGAAUGUUGGAAUCCACCAGAAGUAUUAUUUGAGGAAGGCCCUAUAACAAACAAAUGUGAUAUAUGGGCAUAUGGUCUUGUUAUAUGGGAAAUGUUAGCCUUAUCUGCACCUUUCGUAAAUUCUGAUCACUCUAGCGAUGAUAUCGAGGAUAUUUCUACAUCAGAAAAAUGUAUGUCUUUAACAACAACAAAUGAUGAUAAUGAUCUUACUAUGGAUGAUAGUAUUAUGUUUGAGGAAGAAACAAAAAGAAACUAUGGCGUUCGGCCACCUUUACCUGCAAUUGAUAUAGGUCCAGAAUAUACAGAAGUAUUAGAUAUAUUUUAUACGUGCACCAUUGUAGAUCAUAAGUUAAGGCCAAGUUCAAAAGGCUUAGUGAUGUACUUUUCAAAAAUUAUGCCUUCUAAUGUAUAAAUUUAUGUCUUUAUGUUUAGAAUAUAAUUUUUUAUAUAGAAUAUAACUUCAUAGAAUAUAACUUUAUAGAAUAUAACUUUAUAUAUAAGAAUAUUUGACGAAUAUUUGGUUUACGUAUGUGAUAAAAUGCAAGUUAAUAUAAAAAAAAAUUAAUUGAGAAAUACUAGAAUUAAUAUAAUAACAAAUAUUAUUAUCCCAAUGAUAAUGCCAAUCUUUAUUUUUCUCUGAAAAAGUGACAAAUUUUAGUAAUGAAUUCUUUUAUUAAUGUAUUAAAAAAUAAGUUUAUUAUGUAUACUUUUUUGUAUCUAUGACUCCUUUCUUCUGCUUUAUUAAGGCAUUUUUUACCACUCUCAACAUCAUCUGUAGUAUUUUUUGCAAAGUAUUCUACACUAUUUAUUUGCUCUCCCUAAAAAAAAAAAAAAAAAAAGAAAAAAGAAAAAAGGAGAUAUAUAUAUAUAAAGAUAUCCAAUAUAACAUUUACAUGUAUUUAAUAUUAUUUAUUACUUAUUACUUACUUGUUUUUCGAUAAGAAAAGCUGUUUCAGUAAACAUAUCUUUUAUUUCAUGAAUAGAUUUUUCCAAUUUCAAAACUUCAUUAUGUCGUACUUCUAUAGCAGACAAUUGCUCUUUGGUGAUUUUGCUAUCUUCUAGGAUCUACUUAUAAAUAUGUUAUAACAAAUUUAUGAAAAAAAGAAUUUCCAGAGAUUAUAUUAUUCAAUAGAUUUAUAAGAUUUAAAAUAUCUUGUACAACAACAUAUGAAGAUACUUUGUAAAAUAACAUUAUGAAUACUUACAUUAUCCACAAAUAUGCUGUUUCCUUGUAUAUUAUCUGUUUCAUCUAUCUCAUAUGUUGUAUGUUUCUUUACUAGAAUAGAAAUAUAAUUAAUUAAGUAUAUUUUAUUCUUAAAAUGAAAAUAUAUAUGUAUUAUAUAUAACUCACUUAACAUUCUCUGUUGCUGUAAAAGUUGUAAACAUUUAUCAUGAUAUCUUAAUAAUGAUGCAUUGUAAUCCUCCAUAAUAUCUGAAAACAUCUUUAGCAUAGUUGCAUAUUGUAAACGUCUGAUUCGUAUAUGAGCAGGAGUUUCCUUUGUAUUAUCUGUAUUAAAAGAAUCUGUAGCAGCUAUAUUUUCCUUCAUACCUGAAAAAAUGCUAAAUAAAUAAAUGUACAUUUCCUGAUA